UUUUUUUACUUAAAAACUCACGAUAUCGCAUUGAAUAUGGCAUUAUUCAGGUUUCUCAUGGUUAAUUUGAACCGAACGCCAUUGCAAGUUUUCAGGACAGUAAAUCGCUAUUAUUCUAGGAAAUAUACCUUAUGGCAUUCUGUUGUACCUUGCUUUACAAAAGUGAAAUCCGUUUAUCUUCACCCGUGCCGUUUUGUCGGUUAUUCUUCUCUUGCAAUUGGAUGCGUUGCAUUUUGCGCGGGUAAUCUUUCGAAUGGCAACGAGGGACUAUUAAAUUCCAUAAAGAUAUUUGACACCUCAGGAAUUGAAGCAGCAAUAAAAUCUGGUGUGGAUGUUAACCAAAGACACGUUCUUGGGUGGACACCACUUCAGUUAGCUGUUAUUAACCGAAAUUCAGCUGCAAUUUCGAUGCUUCUGAAGGCUGGUGCCGAUGUACAGCUGGGAGAUGAAUAUAGUAACUCUUUGAAGAUUGCCCGAGAAAAAAGAAUGAAUUCACUCCAAGUUCUUUUAACGAGAGAAGAAGAAUUCUUUGAUCGACUUAGCAACCGUGCGAAUUUCAAAGGUUGUACAGCCCUUCAUUAUGCUGUGCUUAUUGAUGAUUUAAAUAUUGUGGCACAGUUGUUAAAUGCUGGGGCUAAUCCUUCAGCUGAAAACGAACUGGGUCACAAACCAUAUGAUUACGCUCGAACACAGAAUAUGAAAAAAACUUUAAUUGACAGUGAGAAAAAAUUCAAAGAAAUGCAAGCAAAGAAAGAGCUGGAAGGUAGACGCAAAUAUCCUCUUGAACAAAGACUUAAAGAACAUAUCAUUGGACAAGAAGGCGCUAUCAAUAAUGUUGCUGCUGCUAUUCGGAGAAAAGAGAAUGGGUGGUAUGACGAAGACCAUCCACUGGUAUUUCUUUUUCUUGGUUCAUCUGGUAUAGGUAAGACGGAACUUGCUAAACAAGUGGCGAAAUACCUCCAUAAGGAUGUUAAAAAAGGUUUUGUCCGCAUUGAUAUGUCCGAGUAUCAAGAAAAACAUGAAGUCGCAAAAUUUAUAGGUUCACCUCCUGGUUAUGUUGGUCAUGAAGAAGGUGGUCAGUUGACUAAGAAAUUGACAGAUUAUCCGAAUGCUGUGGUUUUGUUUGAUGAAGUGGACAAAGCUCAUCCAGAUAUACUUACCAUUAUGUUACAAUUAUUUGACGAAGGUCGAUUGACUGACGGCAAAGGCAAAACAAUUGAAUGCAAAGAUGCUCUGUUUAUCAUGACAUCUAAUUUAGCUAAUGAUGAAAUAGCAAACCAUGCCAUUCAGUUACGCGAAGAAGCUGCAGAAGUGUCAAAACUGAAGCAUUCUGACUCUUUAGAAGAUAUAAAAGUAUCAGAUGUUGUUAUUUCAAAAAAAUUCAAAGAUCACGUUGUACAGCCAAUUCUCAAACAUCAUUUUAGAAGAGAUGAAUUUUUAGGUAGGAUAAAUGAAAUUGUUUACUUUUUGCCAUUUUCUCCUGCAGAACUCAGCAAACUAGUUGUUAAAGAACUGAAAUUUUGGGCUGAUCGUGCAAAAUCAAAGCAUUGUAUUGAGCUUACUUGGGAUCAUUUAGUGGUUGAUAUACUGACUAGUGGCUACAACGUUAACUAUGGAGCUAGAUCUAUCAAGCAUGAAGUUGAAAGACUUGUUGUAUCUCAGCUAGCCCUAGCACAUGAACGGGAGCUCAUCAAUAAAGGUUGUACAAUUAGACUGUGUGUUACUAAUGUUGAUGAUUUACUUAAAACAGAAGAUGGAAAAGAGAAAGCUUCAACUGAAAAAACAAUAAAAAUACAAAUUUUGGAUAAGGGAAAGUCAAAUAAGUAUAUAGACUUAAAGUUUGGCAAUGAAAACAAUCCAUUUAAUUUAUUACCUGGAGAUAAUUGAAGCGCUUGUAUGUUUUCCUAGCAUCUUAGAAUUAAUUAUAUAUUUUGUUUGCAUUCAUAUCAAGAACAGAAAUAAUUAACAGAAUAUUUUUUGAAACUGAUAAAUGUAAUAAACAAUAUUUGCUGCAAAACAGCUACAUCAUUUUUGUUUGUCAUUUUAUCAGCAGAUUUAGGCCAACCAUUCCAACUCUAGAUUUUAUUGGUUUAUUUGAAACCUAUUGUGAAUAAAAUUGAAUUCUAUAUAUAUACACAUACAUACACGUUAUGAUUGUCUAUUCUCUUCAAAAUUUUUUUGUACUUAAACUAAGUUCAUAUUCUUUCUCUUUGAUUAAAACGUUUUUUGCAAAUAGUACUUCAAUGAAAAAUUGUUUCAAGUAUAUAUAUAUAUAUAUAUAUAUAUAUAUACACACACACACAUAUACAUACAUACACACACACACACAUGUGCAUGAGCACACAUACACACACAAAUUUUCAUUAGCUUCUUUUUUUUUCUGUCUUUCAAAUCCUAAAUAGUUGUCUCUUUUCUUUUCUCAAAAUACUUUGAUGAUAUCCUACACCAAUAAGAAAACAAAAGGACAAAUCAGAAUAAGUCUGUUAAGGUUUAUAGGAAAGAGAGAAAAGUUACUUAUUUGUCUUAAACUGGAAGAGUCCAACAUAAGAAUCUGUAUGUGCAUGUCCGUAUGUAAUUUGUUGGUUAUAUGUUGAGGUAUGUGCUUGCCCUUUACAAGUAUGAAUUUAAUACAUCAGCAUCUGAUACUUUGUUAAUUACUGAAAUAUGAAAACUUAGCAUCUAAUUCAUUUAUGAAGAUUUUUGUUUUUUUUUAAACUUUCUUCCUUCCUUCUCAAUUUUUCAUUUCUCUUAAAUCUCCCUUUCUUUAUUAUUUGUACUUGUGGUUAAGCUACAGGACUGCCAUUGCUUAUGUUGUUACUUCCUGAUCUGCCACAAGCAUUUAUUUGUUACACACCUCUGCGAGAUUUUUUUUUUUUUUUCUCAUAAGAGAGUCCCAACCAAGAAAGAAGCCACUUAGUGUAAGAGACUAUGAAGAGAAACUAAGAUGAAAGAAAUGAGUUUACUUUAGACUUGAAGUAGUUCAUGCCAUAAGGAGGGAAACAUUGAGAUGGAAGAGAGUUCUAAAGUCUGGCAGUAUGAGGGGGGGAAAAGCUAUGACAAUAGAAAGAAUUCUUUAUUGGUGGAAACACAACUGCAUUUUGAUGAAGACUCUGUGAGUUUUGGGUCAGGCAAGAUGGCACAAAGUGAUCUGGAACUAAGAGAGGAAGUUCAUCAGAGGUCUUCCUGUAGCAAUAAUGAUAGAA